UGCAGUUGCGGAGUGCGGACUGCGGGCUGUGGCCGAGGUAAUAUAACCUCGACAAUUACACUCGGUGUAAAUUGAAAACAUUUUCAAUCUUUGACAUUUUUCAUCAUUUGAUAAAAAUGUCUAAAAGAAAGUUGGACGAAUAUUUAGAGACUAAAGAAGAGCCUAGUUUUAAACAUUCUUUGGAUUCUGAUGAAGAAGACGAAGAAGAAAAAGAAGAAUAUCAUAAUGUAAUGUCGGAAAAAGACAUUGAAGGAGAGGAAGAUGGACCAUCAACGUUAGAUACUAACCAUGGCUUUACAGCUUUUAACAUGAAAGAAGAGUUGGAGGAGGGUCAUUUUGAUAAAGAAGGACAUUAUCAUUGGAAAAAAGAUAAAGAAGUUCGAGACAAUUGGUUAGAUAACAUAGACUGGGUAAAGGUUAAAGAUAAAGUAAAGGAAGGUGAAAACAAUGAAAAAAAUGAUGCAGACAAUGAUAGUGAUAACGAUCCAGAUUUUAUGUUUGAUCCCACUUCACUUUACACACAGAUCUUGGAUUAUUUAAAACCUGGUGAAACAGUAUCAAAAGCUUUAUGUAGAUUAGGAAAAGGUAAACAAAAGUUAACUACAGCUCAACGAUGGAAACUGAAAAAAGAUCCUAAUGCAGUAAAAAAUGAAGAUGAAAAUUCUGUUGCUAUUACAAAAUUAACUGAAUUGGCAAAUGAGUUAUUGACUCGUACCGGUAAUAUGGAUAUUUAUCAAGAAACUCACGAAAAAAUACAAAAGAAAAUAACUGAAGCAAAUAAAGCAUCUACAAAAAUUGAAGCAGAGUGUGAUAUGUUCUCAGAUGAAUUUGAAUCAAAAGAAAAAAUUAAAUUAAAAGAUUUAAAUGAUGGAGAAGGAUCAGCACCCAAAGGUUUGAAUCAAAAAGAAGAUCCAUUAGUUACUGAAGUCUCUUGGGAGUUGAAAUGGUCUCAAGAAAAAGAAGCUGAAGUACAUGGACCUCACACUAGCGAACAAAUGCAUACAUGGUCAAAGGAAGGAUACUUUAAAAAUGGAGCAUGGGUUCGGAAAAUUGGUCAAAAUGGAGACUUUCAUAGUGCAGCACGAAUCGACUUUGAAUUAUACAUUUAAAGCCAAUUGAAUGAGUCUUUAUUGAUUCAUGUGAAAAAUUAGGCAAUGAUAAUGACUUGGUUUGUUAUAUUGCAGUCAUCAUAUGUUUGUGUACCACCAAUCAAUUAUUGUUUUUACAAUACUGUACAAAGUUAAUAUUGCUAUUUUUACCUAUUAUAAUGUUAAAGCUACCCUUUCUUAAUAAUUUUUUUCUUUGGUGGCUUUGAAAAUUUUUCCAUUAUUUUCAAAAGAUUCAAAAACAAAUUAUUUUGUUUUUCUGAACUCCUUCCACCAUCGCCAAUUUUAGACCAUUUAUUGUCGCUUCCAUUGUAUUCUUCGUGAACUGAAUGAUGAUUACUUGAAUGAUGAUCCCAAGGAAUAGCAUAUCCUGUAUAUAAAAAUAUUUAUUUUAUAUUUUGUAGUAGUAAAAAUUAUAAAACAUACAGCUUCA